AUGGACAAUGAUGGGGGAAAUGCCACCACCACACAGUUCUAUGAUUAUUCAUCAUAUUAUGAUGAGGAUCUUCUUCCAAACGUCGCUCCUUGCAGCAACAAGGAUUUGAGGAAUUUUGGCAUGGUGUUUCUGCCAACUAUCUACAGUUUGGUUUUUGUCCUUGGCUUCAUAGGCAAUGGCCUAGUGGUUUGUGUCCUGCUAAAGCACCGCAACCAGACCAACUUGACAGACAUCUGCCUCUUCAACCUGGCUGUCGCCGACCUCCUCUUCGUCUUCACGCUGCCUUUCUACUCCCACUAUUUAGUGGUCGAUCAGUGGACUUUCGGAGACUUUAUGUGUCGCUUCGUCUCUGGCUCCCACACCACCGGGUUCUUCAGCAGCACCUUCUUCAUGGUUGCCAUGACGCUGGACCGCUACAUGGUCAUCUUACAUACUCGUGCAGUGGCACGAUAUCGCACUCCGAUGGCAGCCAUCACUCUGUCUGUGAUCGUUUGGAUGCUGAGCUUGUGUGUCUCUCUGCCGACUCUUAUCUUCACAAAGGUGACAAAUGAGUCUUCCGGGCAGGCUUGUGGCUACGUCCCAGAAAACAAGGCCUGGCUGCUUUACAACAUGUUCUCCAUCAAUAUAUUGGGCCUUUUGAUCCCCUUGUUGGUAAUGAUAUGCUGCUACUCCAUGAUCAUCCCCGUAUUGAUGAAACUGAGGAGUGCGAAGAAGCACCGCGUGGUUAAGAUGAUCAUCUGUAUAGUGGUUGCCUUUUUCCUAUUCUGGACCCCAUAUAACAUUUCACUUUUCUUGAUAUUUCUGAAAUCUGAGGGUAAAUUGGAGUCCAACUGCAGCAUGGAACACAAUUUAAAGCUCUCAGCAACAGUGACUGAGACUAUUGCUUACACUCACUGCUGCCUGAACCCCAUCAUAUACGCCUUUGUGGGACACAAGUUUAAGAAACGGGCCUUGCAGCUGUUGAGGAAAUGGGUGCCUCUGAUUCACUUCACCAGAGAUUUCUCAGAUAGCUCGUACAGGAAAAGCUCAGUUACAUCCAGGUCCUCUGAUGUCACCUCAAAUUUCAUCAUGUAA